AUGGGCAUAAAACCACUCAUUGUGAAGCUCUUGCAUACUGUGGAGGAAGAAGGUUUGGGCUUAAGUGUACUGCACUUCAAAGGGAAGUUAUUUUAGAAAGAAAAAAUACAUGUAAGAAACAAGAUGUCUCAUGCUGGGAGACGAUACCAAGAUAAGCAAUACAGGCACCAUGAGAACCAUGGAUCUGAUAGAUACAAGGAAGACAGAAGAGCAAGAAAACCGUACCCGUACAAUGCAAGAUCAACAGAAGACAUCCGAGGUGGCCAGCACUCAAGGACUUCUACUGUUUGCUCAGACCCUUACUCUAAAACCUCAGGAGCAGCACGGGAAUAUUUUGGCCCACCACCAGAGUGUUAUCCUCCCAAGGAAACCUUCUCAAUGAAGUGUUCAAAGGUAUGCACAACAAGAGGCAUUUUGAAGUUUGUGGAAAUCACGGUUAACCUCCUGGUGCUGAUUUGCGUGGGCGCUGCCCAAGCCUCUGUUGCAGGCUUCACGUCCCUUGGCGGCUUUGGCACUGGAUCCUUUAGCCUGAAUUCGGCCUAUAGCCCCUUUGAGGGCACGGAGCUCCAGGAGGCGAGGGAGCUAGACAUGCAGUUCACCCAGAUGAGAGCCCCUUGCGUGUAUGGCGGAGUAGCCUUCAGCUUAACAGCAGCAGUACUUACCCUUGUCUUCCUUGUUGUGGGGGCAAAACCCAUCCAGCAGCUCAGGAUGGGGCUGCUGGCAGGCGAAUGUGCCUUCAGCCUGCUGGCUGGUGCGGCAUACAUCGCGGCGGUCGGCCUCUACCUGCAUUUUGUCAGCCAGGUGAACUCCACAGAAGUUUGCAAGAGGCGCGAGAGGCUGUAUGCGCGUCGUGGUUAUACCUCCAUGAACUGCGUGGUCCAGGGCGGCGACGCGGCCGUCGGCCUUUUUGGUGUUGCUGCUGCCUGUUUGUACUUUGCCAGCUUUGUGGUCUGCAUCCUUGCUAUCCGAACUGUCCGAGCCUUCCAGAGCCACGUGGCCAAGGCUCAGCACAGCCCCAAAAGUGGCAUUAGAGACAGAAGCAUCAGAAACCACCAUGCUGUCCACAGGACCUCUGAAAGCUCCCACAACGUCCAGGCUCUUGCCACAUUAGUGUGAAGUCAGCUCUGGGACCUUGCCAGAGAGCUGGAGCUUCAGCAAGGGACCGACACUGGGCGUCACAUGCUGAACAGGCGACCAGUCCACAACAUACUGUCCCACAAGGUGCCGAAGCGUGUAUUGAAUCACCAAAUGUAACAGUACUGCUGUAACAUGAUGUAAUAAAAUUGACGUU